AUGAGCGGCAAUCAUCUCACCGUGGAGAUUCUCCGAUCCGUAAAAGGAGAGGAGGAAAUCCUAGGCGCAUUGGCCGCGAGCAUCACGCCGAGAGUUUACAUCGACGCUGCGCUAGAGGAGAUCACACCACGAAAACGCUCGUCUAGGACGGCCCGAUCCCAGUUCCGAAGAUCGGACCGGCCGAAAGCCUGCACUGCCGUAAUAUGGAAACUACCGAACUGGGACGUGGUUCGAGCUGCAUCGGGAUACGUGGAAGGGCUCACCGUGAACGAGGCCGAAUAUCGGGGCAAGCUGCUCGGUAUCUCGCUGUUGGACGACCUCGAUGUUGCGCGACUGAUCGUCUGUGGGGACUCCAAUAUGGUAAUACGCCAGAUGCGGGGCGAGAUAGACUGCAAGUCGCCCGGGUUGAAGCUGCUGAGAGCGCAGGCAUGGAAUGCACUGAGAGGAUGGCCCCGGCAUGAAUUCCUCCACAUCAAGCGGGACUGGAACGCGAGCGCAGAUAUGUUGGCUGGGCAAGCUCUCCAACGCCAACAAGACAACAAUUCCUAUAACGUGGGAGAGUUGGAGGAUCUGAGGAUCUUGAACCGGUUGGGAGAAGUGGUGCGCCUGACGACGCACGAUGCGGUAGGCGGCGAUCACGUCUUGAAGGCUGAGACGCGCGGCCUAGACGACCUCGUUUUGGAAGCUAAGACGCGCGAUCUAGAUGACGCAGGACGUGGGACAAAAAAAGUUUGUCCCGUGAUCACGCGCUCGCGGGACGCGGCAAAUCCAGCGCCGAGUAGACCACCGGAAGUCCUGAAAGAGCUCGAGGUACUUGAUCGAGUAUGCACUGCGCAGGAAGAGGAGGCUUGGAUCGCCAACCUCAAGAAGUUCUUAGGCAAAGACAUCAGCGGAUUGUCCAGACGCGAAGCGAAGAACUGCGCCAAGAUAGCGGAACGGUACGAAGUCAGGGAGAGCGGUUUACUGUACUACCACGUACGUGGGAGCGAGACCGCCGAGAAUCGGGAUACGAUCAUGAAGCUUGUCGUUCCAGAGACUCUCCGAGAAGACGUAUUGCACCACUACCACGCGAGUUUGGAAGGCGAACAUCAGGUUAUCGGCAGGACGUAUCAGCGGAUACGACGACAUUUCCAUUGGCCCGGUUGUUCAAGAGCGUGCAGCGCCACGUUGGGGAAUGCGUCGACUGUGAGACGGGAAAAGGCCGUCCCACAAUCAGGGGGGAGUCGCCGGGCAACAUAG